AGGUGCGACUAUCAGUAAAAUGGCGGAAGGUGUACGCAGAGGUGCUGGUAAGAGAAUAGUCUAUAAUGUAGGCUAUAUUCUCGUUAUCUUGGCCACUAUCUUACUGAUAGUAGCGUUUUGUAGUCCUUAUUGGUAUAUCUCUUGGCCUCGAGUGCACUCGCCUUUUAAGCGUAUAGGAUUAUGGCAAGUUUGUUUUGCUGGUCUGAUACUGCCCAGAGAUCCAGAUCAGAAAGCUUAUCAUGGUUGCUGGUGGACCUUAGCUCCAGAAUUUGAAAAUAUAAGAAGUUGGAUGAUGCCUGGUUGGUUUGUAGUAAACCAGGUUGUCUGUAGCGUCGGCGUCUUCGUUCAACUUUUAAAUGUGAUAUUUUGCACAAUAGUCUGGAUGAAGACCAGACCAAGUAAUAAAAUUGAAAAGAACCCACCAAUAAAGAAGAUAAACAUAAUUACAAUUACAACUGUAGUAUCAGCUAUCGUCUUUGCUUUGGAUUUUAUUUCUUUUGGUUGUUGCGUUUAUUACGAUUGGCAUUGGAUGCCUCAUCAACAUCUUAACUAUUUAUCUUGGUCUUACGGGUUGGCUCUUUUGGCAACUUUCUUUUAUAUAUUUGCUUCAAUUGCUUUCUGCGUCUAUAAUAAUAUCAUUAGGAGAGAAAUGAGAGAAGCACCUAAAGACAUCCCGGCUGGAAUACACCUAAAAGAUUAUCCCCAAUAUUAG